AGCGAGCUCAGCUCACCAAAACGGCAAAACCCAAAAACCCCUCGUCGUCACCACUCACCACCUCUAUAUCCCCAAUUCGCAGCAGGGAAAUGGCGACCACCUCCCUCUUCUCCCUGCCCUCGCUCCGCCUCAUCUCCCGCGCCUCCGCCUCCGCCUCCGCCUCCCGCUUCCAGACGCUCGCCGCGAGAAAGCCGGCAGCCUCCACCGUCAGCGGCGACGGCGGCGGCGGCAGAGGAGGCGGCGGGGGCGGGCUGCUGUCGGUGCUGGACCGGGCGCUGGCGGACGAGGAGGAGUACCGGCGCGCGCGCGCCCAGGUGCAGCGCAAGGGCGUGGAGGUGGAAGGGUACGCCAUCGAGGGCGUCUCGGUGGGCGGGCACGAGACCUGCGUCACCGUGCCGUCACUGAACGUCGCGUUCGACAUCGGCCGCGGACCGCACUUCGCCGUGAGCCAGGACUACCUCUUCAUCACCCACGCCCACCUCGACCACAUUGGUGGUCUUCCAAUGUACAUAGCAACUCGUGGCCUCUACAACUUGAAGCCUCCAACUGUAUUUGUACCGCCCUGCAUCAGGGAUGAUGUUGAGGAGCUGCUUCAGGUCCAUCGUAGAAUGAGUCAAAUUGAGCUGAAAGUUGAAUUAGUUGCACUAGAUUUGGGAGAGACAUAUGAAAUACGUAAUGACCUUGUUGCCAGACCAUUUCAAACUUACCAUGCUAUACCCAGCCAGGGUUAUGUCAUCUACUCCAUUCGAAGAAAGUUGAAAAAACAGUAUGCUCACUUGAAGGGUAGUCAAAUAAUGAAAUUGAAGCAAUCAGGCACUGAGAUUACAGAUACUAUACUGUACCCAGAAGUUGCCUUCACUGGAGAUACAAAGUCUGAUUUUAUUCUUGACCCACGAAAUGCAGAUGCCCUGAGAGCAAAAGUUCUCAUAACUGAGGCGACCUUCCUAGAUGAUCACAUUGAUGUUGAGCAUGCUAGGGAGCAUGGCCACAUGCAUCUGUCUGAGAUAAUGGAGCAUUCCCAGUGGUUUAGAAACGAAGUGAUCGUACUCACUCAUUUCUCAAAUCGGUAUAGCCUUGAGGAUAUUCGACAGGCUGUUUCCAGGCUACAACCUAAGUUACAUUCAAAAGUUGUUGCUCUGACAGAAGGCUUCAAAUCUGAAUAUAGAUAAGUGUAUAUAAGAUCUUUGCGUGCGGGAAUGAUGAAUAUGUCAGAUUCGUCAGGUAAUCUGAAGCUAACCCUCCUGGCUAUGCUAUUUUGGCGCCUCAGGGACAUUCUAUCGGUGGAGAAGCUAUCCCUGACAUUAGGAGAGCUGUUCUCAUAAGAGCAAUCCAGGUUCACUGGGCAGACCUUCGGAGAAUGCCUCCGAGGAGAAGGUGCCCCAACUGCCUCGGCUUCGAUGCUCUGCGGAGAAUAAAGGAUGUCUUCAAGUGUGUCUCGUCUUACUUCUGCUCUGCCCCUGGCUGUGUCGGUCUCACAGCGCCUCUGCUUCCCUUCCAGGCAUCCGGGCUUCAUUCUGCCCAGAAUUGCUUUGACAUGGCUAGAACCACAGCUCUGCGAGCCCAUCUUUUCCCUCUCUUGUGAAUGCUGGAUGAAUUGGUAUGGCUUGACCAGUUCAUGGUA